AUGGACCCAAUGGAAAGUAUUAUUGCGGGGAAGCUAUAUAAUCCCAACGAAGAAGUUUAUGUUCAGGGCAGAAAGAAAGCGAAAUCGACGUUAUUUGAAUACAAUAAACUUCAUCCCGACGAGGAAGAUCUCAGAGAAAAUCUCAUAAGAGGUUUUUUCGGUAGCUGCGGCGAUAAUUUUCUGAUCGAACAGCCGUUUUAUUGUGAUUAUGGGACUAAUAUUCAUAUCGGGGACAACGUGUACAGCAACCACAACCUUACAAUUCUAGACGUUGUGGAUGUUCGCAUUGGCAACAACGUCCUGUUUGGUCCCAAUGUGGGUCUCUACACCGCCGGCCACCCUCUGGACCCACAGCGGCGUAUAGACGGUUUAGAAUUUGCAUUGCCCAUUACCAUAGAGGAUAAUGUGUGGAUUGGAGGUAGUGUCACCAUUUUGCCGGGUGUCACCAUUGGAAAAAACUCAGUAAUUGCUGCAGGUAGUGUUGUGGUCAAAGACAUUCCAGAGGGAGUGGUCGCAGUAGGCAAUCCAUGCAAGGUUUUGAGAAAAAUCAGCGAAAGAGACGAGAAAGUGGUUGAUUUUCGAAGGUAA